AUGGCUUGUGGCGCCACCAUCAAUAACUUAUUAAAUGGCAGUGCCCUCAUUCAAGAUGUCCCUCAAAGGCAUUUUCAAGUGGUUGUUGCAGCAACUCGAAGCAUGGGCAUCGGAAAAGAUGGGAAUUUGCCAUGGAAGUUGCCUUCUGACCUCAAGUUUUUUAAGGAGGUCACAUUGACUACGUCUGAUCCGGCCAAGAAAAAUGCCUUGAUAAUGGGUAGAAAAACAUGGGAAAGCAUCCCUGUUCAGAACAGACCUCUGCCUGGGCGUCUGAAUGUUGUGCUGACCCAUUCUGGAAGUUUUGAUAUCGCAACAGCAGAGAAUGUCAUAAUGUGCGGGAGCAUGAAUUCAGCAUUGGAACUGUUAGCAGCAUCACCAUACUGCCUGUCAAUUGAGAAGGUAUUUGUGAUAGGAGGAGGGCAGGUAUUAAGGUGAGCGUUUUAUUGCUCUUGAUUGUACUAUAAGAUGUCCUCUUAAGAUGAUGCUAAUGGUGACGAAUUGCAGGGAAGCUCUCUCUGCACCCGGGUGUGAAGCCAUUCAUCUUACAGAUAUUGAAGAAAACAUUGAUUGUGACGUUUUUAUCCCGCGUAUUGAUGACUCAUUGUUUCAACCAUGGCACUCAUCUUUUCCGCGUGUGGAGAAUAAUAUCAGAUAUUCCUUCGUGACUUAUGUGCGUGUACGAAGUUCUGCGGCUGAUCUGCAUUCAGUUCAAAAUGGAGAAGCUGCGGAUGGUAGCCUGAAGAGGGAUAAGUUUGAUAUAGAGAGAUUCUCAUUUUUGCCUAAAAUGAUUUUUGAAAAGCAUGAGGAGUACGAGUAUCUGAGGCUUGUGGGAAAUAUAAUUUCGAAUGGCAUUCAGAAGGAUGACCGGACUGGAACUGGAACUUUGUCACUUUUUGGGUGUCAGGUACUAAGCCAUGGAGUUGACUAGGUUUAAUGAUCAGUAACAUAAGUGAUUUCUUUGUUCAAAAGAAUAUAUAUGCAGUGAAAUUUUAAAGGUUCUUUAUUUCGUCCACCCUCCACAGAUGCGGUUCAAUUUGCGUCGAUCAUUCCCACUUCUUACGACGAAGGUAAGGACACGUAGUUUCGGAAUCAAGCUUGUGAUUUCUUUUGAGCUGCAGCAGGCAGUUUCUUCAUUUCUGGAAUAUAGUCACCUCACUCCAUUAUUUCACCUGCUAUGUCCGUUUUGAGUGUCAACUUUUUGAUCUAGUUACGAAGGAAUUCUCUGAUUCAACAGAAAGUAUUUUGGCGAGGUGUUGUUGAAGAACUUCUAUGGUUCAUCAGUGGUUCAACAAAUGCAAAGGUAAUAAAUAUCUCUUCAACGGUUCCUAGGUUUGCAUUUAAUUGCCCUCUGAUGUAUUGUAUUAUAUUGGAUUAUCAGAUAUUAGAUGAUAUUUUUAGUGCUGAGAUAAUAUUUGAACAGAUUUCUGACCCAGUUGUAUGUGGAGGUUUCUAUUUGCCUAAGAAUUAUGUUCUCUAGCAGGUGCUACAAGAGAAAGGAAUACAUAUUUGGGACGGCAAUGCUUCCAGGGAAUACCUUGACAGGUCUCCUCAAGGCCUCUUAUUGUUAAAUGAAAAUGUGCUAUAUAUCUUGAAAUGUGAUUAAAAAUCGUUAUUGACAGCUUCGCUUGUUGAAUGUUUUCUCUUUUCAAUCAGUAUUGGUUUGCCAGAGAGGGAAGAAGGUGACCUCGGGCCAAUAUAUGGAUUUCAAUGGCGACACUUUGGUGCAGAGUAUGUGCAUAACGUUUUAUAAAGUUACUUUAACAUAAUAUUUGACAAUUUCUAAGUCAUUUAUCUCGCAGGUACGCUGGAAUGCACGCUGAUUACACUGCAAAAGGGUUUGACCAGUUGCUUGACGUCGUUGACAAGAUUAAAAACAAUCCAGAUAAUCGUAGAAUAAUACUUUCAGCUUGGAAUCCUUCUGACCUCAAAUUGAUGGCUCUUCCACCAUGUCACAUGUUUGCACAGGUUUUCUACAUUCUUGUCCUAGUAAUUUAAUCUGUGUGCCGUUCUGUGUAAGAUGAUGUAUUUCAGACUAUUGAAAAUUCCGGCAUGCACGCACAUACACCCGAACUCACUCACACGACCCAGUAGCAACAUCUCAAGCACACAUUCGCAAAAAGUUUUGAAUAUCUCUUCACACACCAUUGGUGGUGUAUAUUGGUCAAGGAUAUUAAAUGAUAAUCAGUUGUUAAUGUGUACUUACAGUGGUACAACAGCAUGUGUAGUAUAUAAUCAAACAACGAAUCCCUCAUCAGACCCCCAUAGCGAAUUCCCUAAUCUGAAGUAGCUGUGAUAAAAUGACAGAAAGCAAUGAAAUGAGAUGCUGGACUGCGAGGUUGAGGCCUCAGAUCUAUAUGCUUCUACAUUUUUCUACUUAUGCUGGACUGGGAGGAUGAAUCUCUUUGUCGUAAUUCUCAUUCUUCCUUCACAGUUUUAUGUUUCCAAUGGAGAGCUUUCCUGUCAAAUGUACCAACGAUCUGCAGACAUGGGUCUUGGAGUGCCAUUCAACAUCGCUUCAUAUUCUCUGCUGACUUGCUUGAUUGCUCACGUUUGUGGUACGCCUUGAUUUGUUUCAUCAGAUUAUGUGGCUGAGUUAUGAUAAGUGACCCAAUAUGUUCCCACUAUGCAUGGUUUCUUAUAUAUGUUUAAAUACGUAUUAGCACUGUCGAUUUGUUAAAUCAAUCAGAUCAUUAUUCUAGCCUCAUAAUCUGGGUUUCUUCCUGUUCCACUGAGAAUACAAAGCUGGUGAAGUUUCAAGAUGGACUGUUUGCUUGCCCAUCUUAUGAUCACAUAUACUAAAAAGAGAAUAGUUAGUCAGAUUAAUAAAUUAGAGUUUCAUGAGAAGCUCUUCGAGGUAGCUAAUUCCUUGUAAAUUUCUUAAUUUCCAAAUUUUUUUUCCGCCAAUCUUCUGGGUGACAUAUAUUGGGUCGUAGGACUCGUAAACCCAUUAAUCUCGUCACAUUUUUGUCAAUUAUUUAGCAUUGUUUCCUGCUGGACAUGAAAUUAACGUGAAUGUUUGUGGGCCCGGCUCCAAAAAUAGAUCUUGUUCCUGGAGACUUUGUGCAUGUUCUUGGAGAUGCUCAUAUUUAUAGUACCCAUGUCAGACCCCUUCAGGAGCAACUUCAGAAGCAGCCAAAACCUUUCCCUGUGCGUACUUCCGACGAAAUUGUUUCCCUUUUUGUUUGAAUCAUUUGCGACAUAUUUUCCUGAUAACCCCUUUCUCUUCUCUGGGUUCGUCUCCCUGCAGGUUUUGAAGAUCAAUCCAGAGAAGAAGGAGAUAGAUUCCUUUGUGGCAGCAGACCUUCAGCUCAUCGGUUAUGAUCCUCACGAGAAGAUAGAGAUGAAGAUGGCGAUUUAG